ACAUUCCAAAAAACCAUGCCAAAGCCGCCCCAUUUAUCCGUCUUCAUUGUUGUUGUUCUUGCUGCUCUUUGUUUAUGGUGUACUGGCACGAAUGCCGGUACAACCAAUGAGUUCCUCGAAGCCGAGUGCUUGAAGGUACCGGCAGCCGAGUUUAUAGGUUCUUUGAGAACCACCAUUGAUGCCAUAAGAAAAGCUUCCUCCGUCGUUUCUCGGUUCGGAGGCUUAUUUCAUGAUUUUCGCCUCUCUAAUGCCAUUUCCGAUUGCCUUGAUCUGCUCGACUUCUCGGCCGACGAGUUAACCUGGACUCUGUCUGCUUCCCAGAAUCCUAAAGCUAAAGAUAACAGUACUGGUGAUCUAAGCUCUGAUUUAAGGACAUGGUUAAGUGCUGCAAUGUCUAACCAAGACACAUGCGUUGAUGGCUUUGAAGGUACAAGUAGUAUAGCCAAAACUGUAGUUGCAGGGAGCGUUAACGGCAUCUCUUCGAUGGUCCGAGAUCUUCUCACCAUGGUGCAUCCCAAUCCGAGUUCUCGGUCCAAUGGCACUGGUAAAGGUGGCAUUGGCGGUCAUCCGAAUGAGAAAGUUCCGAAUAAGAACCAAUUCCCAUAUUGGUUCAAAAGGGAGGAUCGAAGAUUGUUGCAAGUAAACGGAGUAACGACUAAUGUCGUGGUUGCUGCUGAUGGGACCGGGAAUUUCACUACCAUAAUGGAUGCAAUCGCUACCGCGCCUGACGAGAGCUUGAGCAGAUACGUUAUUUAUAUCAAGAAAGGUGUGUAUAAAGAGAAUGUGGAGAUCAAGAAGAAGAAAUGGAACAUUAUGAUGAUUGGGGAUGGAAUGGAUGUCACGGUUAUAUCGGGAAAUCGAAGCUUCAUCGAUGGCUGGACGACGUUCCGAUCCGCCACAUUUGCUGUAAGUGGGAGAGGCUUCAUAGCAAGAGACAUAACAUUUGAGAACACAGCAGGACCCCAGAAGCACCAAGCGGUAGCAUUGCGGUCCGACUCGGACCUCUCGGUUUUCUUCCGAUGUGCAAUCAGGGGCUACCAGGACUCGCUCUACACCCACACGAUGCGUCAGUUUUUCCGGGAAUGCACGAUCACUGGGACAGUUGAUUUCAUAUUCGGUGACGCCACCGCAGUGUUCCAAAACUGUCGAAUCCUAGCCAAUCAAGGCCUACCGAACCAGAAGAACACCAUCACAGCUCAAGGUCGCAAAGAUCCGAAUCAACCGACCGGCUUCUCCAUUCAAUUCUGCAACAUCUCGGCCGAUACAGAUUUGUUACCUUCGGUUAACUCCACUCCUACAUACUUGGGGAGACCCUGGAAACUGUACUCAAGGACCGUUAUCAUGCAAUCCUACAUUAGUGAUGCCAUAAGACCACAGGGGUGGCUUGAAUGGAACCAAGAUUUUGCUUUGGACACAUUGUACUAUGCCGAGUACAUGAAUUCCGGGGCGGGGGCUAGCCUCAGUGGCCGAGUUAAGUGGCCCGGCUACCAUGUUUUGAACAAUUCUGCUCAAGCUGUUAACUUUACGGUGACUCAAUUUAUUGAAGGAAACCUGUGGUUGCCGUCAACUGGUGUUAAAUACGCCUCAGGGCUUGGGGUAUAGCUAACUAAAAGCAAUCAAUAUAAGUUUUGCUUAUGUACUUGAUAUAGCAUCCUUUUUCA